GUGUGCUGGGUGGAUGAGGGUUGCCCUGACGCGGCGGUCCUUGCUGCCAUCAAUGACGCCAUACAUGAUGGGGUUGACGUCUUGUCGCUCUCUGUUGGAGGGGUUGGUCAGGAGUACUCUGGGACGUUGCAUGCUGUGCAAAGAGGGAUCUCCGUCGUGUUCGCCGGAGGGAAUGAUGGCCCUGUGCCACAGACAGUGACGAAUGCCGUGCCAUGGGUUACGACGGUGGCCGCUAGCACGAUUGACCGGUCUUUUCCGACCCUAAUAUUGCUUGGGAACAAAGAAAAGCUGAUGGGGCAAUCUCUAAAUUACAAUGCAGCUAUGAAUAACAGCGGCUCUCAGGCCCUUGUUUUUGCCGGGAGCUGCGGCCCGGAAUCACUGGCCUUGGGCAAUGUCAAGGGCAAAAUCAUCCUUUGUUAUGCACCAGAAGAGGCAUCGCGGUGGUCGCCCCAGUUAAUACUCCCUUAUGCCAUCAAUUACACUAUUGAGGCCGGUGCAAAGGGCCUCAUCUUCGCACAAUACACCGCCAACAAUCUUGACAGCCUGGUCAGGUGCGAGGGAUUUAUGCCUUGCGCUCUGGUGGAUUUCGAGAUCGCACAUCGAAUUUCCUCCUACUGGGACAUGACUGAGAAUCCGGUGGUGAUGGUGUCUCCGGCUGUAAGUGUUGUUGGAAAUGGGGUGUUGUCGCCGAGGGUCGCCUCGUUCUCCUCCAGAGGUCCAAGCCUAUUGUUCCCUGGCAUACUGAAGCCCGACAUUACUGCUCCUGGCGUCAACAUAUUGGCAGCGGUGCGCGGCUCCUACGUGUUCUAUUCUGGGACAUCAAUGGCGUGCCCACAUGUCUCCGCAGUGACUGCGAUGCUCAAGUCGGUUCACCCUCAGUGGUCACCUGCCAUGAUCAAAUCGGCCAUCGUCACCACAGCAUCUGUGAUCGAUCGUUUUGGCAUGCCAAUCCAAGCAGAAGCAGUCCCAAGGAAACUAGCCGACCCCUUCAACUUUGGUGGUGGACACAUUGACCCAAAUAGAGCCGUUGACCCUGGCUUGGUUUACGACGUUGAUGCAAGGGAGUACAACAAGUUUUUCAACUGCACCCUUGGAUAUUUAGGCGGCUGUGAGUCCUACUACCUCACUCUCAACCUCCCGUCAAUUGCCGUGCCAGACCUCAAGGACCGUGUCAUGCUUCGGCGCACCGUGACUAACAUUGGGCCAGUGGAAGCAACAUAUCAUUUAGUGGUUGAAGCUCCAGCGGGGAUAGACGUGUCCGUAGAGCCAUCUGUGAUCAAUUUCACCCAAAGCACUAGUAAAAGCGUGACGUUUAUGGUGGCAUUCACAACAAGGCAGAGAGUACAAGGAGGAUACACUUUUGGGAGCUUGACAUGGUCAGACGGAAGUACCCACUCAGUGAGAAUUCCUAUCGCGGUACGGACUGUGAUACAAGACUUUGUUGCAGAUACAUCUUAAGCUCAUAUUCUUUGUAUUAUACACAUAAUUUAUGUAUUCAUGUGGUUGGCAUAAGAAAAUGUAGAAGAAACACUUUAAUUUUGUACAUCAUCACAGGAAAUGUUAUACUGGAAUAAAAUACGAUUCUUUGCUAA